AUGCCUAACCGAAUCGUGGUGCUUGGUGCUGGUGUCUCGGGCCUGACGACGGCAUACUUGCUGUCCCAGGACCCCAACAAUGAGAUCACAGUUCUGGCCAAGCAUAUGCCUGGAGACUAUGAUAUUGAAUACGCCUCCCCAUGGGCAGGGGCCAACUACCUGCCCGUUGGUAAAGAAGGAAGCAAUCACCAUGCCUGGGAACGAGAUACCUGGCCCGCAUUGAAAGAGAUAACCGAGAAAUACCCCGAAGCUGGCAUUCAUUUUCAGGAUGCUAUCAUUUACAAUCGUAAGAAGGACCAGGAAACAGCGACUGGUCAAUGGUUUGCAGAGCUGGUGCAGCCAAAUCCUUGGUACAAGGAUGUGGUGCCUGAUUUUCGAAACAUUCCCCAGAGUGAAUUGAGGCCUGAAAUGGACAAUGGUCAACGGUUUACAUCGGUGUGUAUCAACACAGCUGUUUACCUGCCUUGGCUGGUGGGCCAGUGCACCAAGAACGGCACGGUGUUCAAGCGCGCCGUUUUCGAACACAUUGCCGACGCAGCAAAUGCUCAUCACUCGGGCCGAAAGGCUGAUGUGAUUGUUAAUUGCACUGGUCUCUCCUCCAAGUUUCUCGGAGGAGUCCGCGACGAGAAACUUCUCCCCGCUCGGGGCCAAAUUGUGGUUGUGCGGAAUGAUCCAGGCCCCAUGAUCGGCCUCUCGGGAACAGACGACGGAGAAGACGAAGCUCUAUACAUGAUGACACGCGCCGUAGGCGGAGGUACCAUCCUUGGUGGCUCGUAUCAGAAGCAUAACUGGGAUGCCCUCCCUGAUGCUAAUCUCGCCAACCGGAUCAUGAAGCGCGCGAUCGAUAUUGCACCUCAAUUAGUGAAAGAGGGCCAGGGAAUUGAAGGUCUUGACAUCAUCCGUCAUGGUGUUGGUCUCCGACCUUUGAGAGAGGGUGGCCCGCGCGUCGAAAAGGACGAGGUUGCCGGAAUCAAGGUGGUACACAACUAUGGACAUGGUGGUUUCGGAUACCAGGCCUCAUUUGGAUGCGCUCAAAGUGCAGUGGCCCUCGUGGAAGAAGUCACGGGAAAGAAACCCCGAGCUAAGCUGUGA